AAUACUUUGUCGUUUUACAUUCCCUUCUUCACCUUCCUCCACUUUCACGCGCCAUGUUCUCCCAUUUCGACUCGACAGUGCUGCUCUCUGCGGUUCCUUAAAUUUGCAACAACAAGCAAAACUCACACUCGAAGCGUUUCUCGCAUCGCUUCUUGAGAAUAAUGGAAACUUCUAAGAAGAAAGCGAUUACGAUGAAGAAGAGUUUCGAUCCCUGGGCUUUUCUGGAGCAUAUUGAAGCACCUAUGUGGGUGGAUUUGACUCUUGAAGUUAAAUCUGGAUGUGUAGACACAGGUGAUGAUGAAUGGUUCAACACAAGUCACCCGUUCCACCAGAUGUCUGCUAGAGAGUUAAAAUCUAGGUUUUCUCACGGCGAGGAGAUAUUGACAUCAGGGGUUGAUUCGCCAGAGCUUCCUUCUUCGGUCUCGAGAUCUAGAGGCAAACACUACAACAACAAGAAGUGGGAAGGUAUUGAUCUGAAUAGUUUGUUAGAUAAACAGAAGGGUUUAAGUAGGAGAGGUUUCCAACAAGGUUCCAGCUUUGGCCAGGAAGUGAAACCCAAACCAAAUUCAAAUGUUAACAAGCCAAAAGGUGGGAAGCUGGGGUUGGCUUUUGAACGGAAGUCCAGAGGAAAAACUGACUCUAUGGUCAAUUGCAGCAAUCCACCGAGUAGUUCAAGUUCUAACCACAAGUGUGAAGGAAGCACUGCAAGGAGCACAAUUACAUCUGAAAACACUCAGAAGUAUAGGGAGGUAUCUAGCAAACCAUUUGAUCAGAAAAGAAGUUCAUCAAUUAGGAGGGUUAGUCUUGGGAAAAGUUGUGUUACGAGAAAAGUCUCAAGCAUUCUGCCACAGAAGGAAUGUUUGGAGGUGUCUAGUCAACCGUGUGAUCAGAAAAGUAGAAGUUCAUCGGUUAUUAGUGUUAGGAGAAGUUAUGUUUCAGGAAAAGCUUCGAAAGUGGAGAUUGGUGGUGAUAGCACUGCAAGGAGCAUGAUUACAUCUGAGAACACUCGGAAGUAUAGGGAGGUAUCUAGCAAACCAUGUGCUCAGCAAAGUUCAUCAGUUGGGAGGGUUAGUCUUGGGAAAAGUUGUGUUACAAGAAAAGUCUCAAGCAUUCAGCCACAGAAGAAGUGUUUAGAGGUGUCUAGUCAACCAUGUGAUCAGAAAAGUAGAAGUUCAUCAGUUAUUAGUGUUAGAAGAAGUUAUGUUUUGGGGGAAGCUUCAAAAGUGGAGAGUGGUGGUGAUAGCAUGCGAUCAAGGGGUCGUAAAUCAUCUUCUAGGAAGUCUAGUAUUGGUUCAUGUUCAAACCCUGGUUAUGAAGUUAAGUUUGUGUCAAGGCAGCAGAGAGAGAAAAUCACCAUUGAUAAAGGUGAGGUCACUAUGAAUCUUGCAGUUAAGAACCGUUGCAAGCCCAGUGAAAGAUCAAAGACAUCUACCAUUUCAGUUGAGGAAGCAAAAUCUGGUAACAGAAAGAGAAAUAGCAUCAAUUUUGCAAAGCCAGCAUACCAUCGAACAGCAAAGUCAUUGGUCCAAUAUUCCUCUGCAAGUUCAAAGGCUUUGUUACAACACACAGUCAAUAAAGAAAACACUUGUAUUGGUGGUGCUAAGGAGAAACUAAGAACUACCAAGGUUAAGAGUUUGACAGCCAAGGGAAAAGAGAAUGUUUCAAGGAAUGUGGCGGUAAAUCAGAAAUGCAUUUCAAGAGGUGCUUCUGCAGGGGGCCUUGUUAGAAGUCAUAGAACUACAGAACACAAUCAUCCACAGAAGGGUGACAAAGCAGGAUCAACUGCUUUGACAAUUGUGGGAAGAGAUAACGAUCAACAUGAGGCAAAGAACCAAAUUAAUCUUGCCAAAAGCAUUUACCUACGUUAGAGGAGCACAGCUGCGUGCUCGUUUUAGUUUUUCUUUCAGGUGAUAAAAAAAAUUAGACCAUGUCACAUGCCUCAAUGAAGCCUUAUAUUGGUUUGUGCUGGUAUGGUUAUGAUCCCAUCCUGCAAUUUUGGUGAUAAAUUUUAGUUGCUUCUCUGGCAGAAAUAUCAACCUUAAGUCUCUUUUGUUAAUUGAUGUAAUUCAGUGAAUUCACGUUUACCUAUUUUCACAUACGUAAAUAUAAGGAAAAUAUUGCAUGUUGUUGCAGUGCA